AUGGCUGAGCCGGCUGGAGAACCAACGCCGGCACAAGGAGCUCAGUUGCUGCUGCGGACUGCAGCAGAGGCAUGUUUGCCUGCGUUGCGUGCACAAAUCGAAGCCACGGACCUCUUACCCCAACAGGCACUUGGAGCCUUGAGCUUCUGCUGUGAGGUCUUGAACCGAGUGUUGGUGAACUUGGAUGAGCCAAGCUUCGCCAAGUUCAGCCGCUUGAAGGUCUCUGCGCUGCGGAAGCGCCUGCCCCGGAGGCCUGAACUGGCAGAGGCGGUGCUGUGCUCAGGUGGAUUCCAGGAGGCCGGUGAGUACCUGGAGUGGGGCCCCCAGACCAUGGAGGUCAGUGAUGAGCCGUUGCAGGUGGGCCAAGACCUGUUUUCAACGAAGCAGCAUCGGAUGACGAUGCUCCUGCCGCAGAGCGACGAUCUGCCCCGCUGUUUUGUGGAGCAGCCUGCGUCUUCCAAAGAGAUGCCGGUCCGAAGACCUCCUGAAGAACAGGAAGAACAGGAGGUGGAAGAGACCUCGACGGUGGCCUCAUCCGUGCCUCAACCGAGCAACCAUGGUGAGACCAGUCAGGCCACUGGCACAGGUGAGACCAGUGAGGCCGCCGUGGGUGCUUGCGGCUCUGAGCGGCGGAAGAGCAUAUCUGCGCUGGAUCGGGACAUCGUGAUUCGGGAAGAGUUGGAGAUCUACGAUCCACAGACCAAGGUCACCACCUUCAAGAGUUUGAACGGUGAUAUCUUGCGAUGCAGACGGAAGCCUAGGAUGAUCGCGUCAGCACCCAGUAGUAGUUGCAGCGAUAGCGAAAGCACCGUCACCAGCACUAUGAGCGAAAGGUCGUCGCUUGCGUUAGCACCGGAAGACACCAUCACCAACUGGGGGGUGUUGGUGGGAAAAGCUUUGUGGUGUCGCAUGAAGGGUACCACGCACAUGACUGAGCGAAAGAUAGGCCUUCUUUCCGGCGCCUUUCACCACAACUAUGGAAACCAGACCCCUGUCGUCGAACGUACCAGGACCUCCUUGCUUCCUGCGAACCAUGGGAAGGGCGCCCUCCGGCGAGCCACCGCUGUGGUGAAUCAGCUUAAGGAGUUGGUGAAGCGGGUCGGACAGGAAGAGACCGAUGUCUUGGAUGCGGAGUGGUCAAUGGAUGCGUUGAGUUUUCUCUUCAGUGCAGACUACAUGGACUCUUUGAUGAUCCUGGCGGGUGGUGCCUCGUGGACCUUGAAAGAUGAUGCCACAGUGGUCCAGGCCUGCGAGCCUUGCCGCGUUUUUGGUGAUAUCCAUGGCCAGCUUCGGGACUUGUUGAUCUUCUUCCACGCCUUUGGCCUCCCCACCAAAACCGGUCCCCAUUUCGUCUUCAAUGGCGACUUUGUGGACCGUGGUGCUCAUCAACUGGAGGUGGUGGGCAUUCUCUUUGCACUGAAGAUCAUGUAUCCUCAGCGAGUCUGGCUGGUGCGGGGGAACCAUGAAGACAGAGCUAUGAAUAGUAGGUAUGGUUUUGAAGAGUGCUGCAAAACUGUCUUGGGGUCCUUCGGCCAGAAAACGUUCGACCUCUUCCAAAAGGCUUUCAACUGGCUCCCCUUGGCCUGCCUCAUCGAGGGGAAGAUCUUGACGCUGCAUGGGGGCAUCGGCAAUGGGAAAUGGACCAUCAACGAACUGGCCGCGGUGAAACGGCCUUUGAAGUCAGAGGACUUUCAGACCGAGAAGCAUCGGUGGCUCUACAACAUCCUCUGGUCCGACCCCAUCCCGGACGAUGAAGGCCCUGAGGGCAGCGGACAUGUCUUUGGCGUCCAUAGUUCGCCACGAACAGCCUCUGCAGUGCAGUUCGGCUGGAACAUCACCAAGACCUUUUGUGCGCUGAAUGGCUUUGAUCUCCUAGUGAGGAGCCACCAAUGCCAACACCAAGGAAGCGGGUGUGAGGUGAUGCACGACCAGAUGUUGAUGCGCGUUUUCUCUGCGAGGGACUAUGAAGACCACCAGAAUGAUGCGGCCAUUUUGUCAAUUUCCAGGGGCAGCAAGCGUGGACAACUUGUAGUGCGCAUGCAGGGCGUGCGCUCGCUCGAGAGACGCUGA